UAAAAAAAAAGGUAAUUAAUAUGGUUAGGAGCGGUCCAUUUUGUAACGUUUUCAACAGACAAUAAUCUCACUAAAGUACCUGCAAUGUCAAUUCUGUGUGCGUUGUUUUGUACAUGCGGACACAACUUUAAUGCAGCCAUUUAUCGCCAAAUUUCCAUCCAUCCGAAACGGGAAUGAUCGUGAUUCAGUGCCACUAACGGUGAUUAACGUCCAAUCCAUUCCGGCGAGGAGGGAAUACAGCAAAUACUCGAUGAAAUAAAGUUGUACAGUGCUCAUUAGAAUCAGCGCGUAUGUGCGGUCGCGAAGACGAAAUGCUGGCUGACGUCUUGUGACAAACGUGACGUGUGCAGACGCAUCACGUCCAUUGUCAAGACUUCACUUUGAAACUUUUCAUUAAGGCGGGAGGCACUGCUUCUUCUCCAAAAAAUCGACCGAAAAUAGAAAUAUGAACGAGGAGAGGUAUCCAUCGACUCAAUCCCACUGUGAUUAUUCCCCGUUUGAAGCCAAAUAUCUGCGGUGCAGCAACCUGAACAUGCCUCUGCUUGCAACUGACUUCUUCAAAAGCGAAUUACAGUUGUACCUUGACGGCUUAACCGCAGAGAUGUGGGACUUAAUAGAAUAUGGUCAUUUUGAUUGCAAUGCUUUUAUGGUGCUGUUGAAAAUGUGGCAAAGCAUCCUGUAUAAAAUCUCGCAAGAGGUGCUGAGUGUUGUGCUGCCUCAAGUGGAAGAACACGCCCAGAUCAUAAUGAACGGUGGCGAGUCCCCUCAUCGGGCGCACAAUUAUUCUCGUGUGACCGAGGACGAUAUCCACGCGUGUAUUUGGGAUUCGCUACUAUUUGCGCUCAAAGACACCAUCAACGCCGGCGAGAUCAAGUCUCCGUGUGGAGAACGCCUGCUUGAGCUGGUAGCGGCGAAGGUGUCCAAGACCGUCAACAGGGCGCUGUCCGAAACCGCCUCGCGGCCCGGCCCGCCCAACCUGGACGUGCCGCAUCAAGUGUCCGAAAUAGGCGAAAUAGCUUUGCAGUCCAUCUCGGUUCUCAAGGAUUGCCUAGCAACCAUGAGGCUGGCGGGUCGCUUUGGAAAUGAGGACGACUGUGUAGGGUGGUAUUCUUCGGAAGGAACCGCACGCGCAUUAGUGGCUCCUCUCCCUACUCCUGUGCAAACGUCCUGCGAGAGGGCGGAAACGAGUCUUCGUUCUCAUCCUGUCGCCGACGUGAAAACGGGAAACAUUUGUCCUCCCCCGGCGCCCGAAACGUGGACAAAGAAAGAAAUCGUAUUUUGUACCGCACUCUUAUGGAAGCUGAUGGACCAUAUCGCCCACUCGAAUGCUAAAUCGGUGCUGGAGGUAGACAUCGACUGGAUGUUAGCGCAGUUAAAGAGCACCGUGGUGGAAACGCGGCCGCACCACCCGCAGAACAUAGGCGACUUCCACAUCGACAUCUACAAGGACCUGUGUCAGGAAUUCGGAUCCAAGGAACGUCUGUAUUUUUCUAUGGCGUGCUGUCAACUCGUAUUUGUAGAAACUCUGGCAAGAGUUCUGAAAAACCAUCUCCAGGCACCUAAAAAGAGGGACAUUUUUACUUUAGUGCGGGCUUUUUUUAAGAAACGGACUUCAAGAGUCUCUCUACCCGGCGAGCGGGGACGAGCGAGGUUGAUGGCUUCAACCGACACCAGGAAACUCUGACAUACCGACGUUCCGGAAUUUGAAAAUGUAGCAAACCACCGGGACGUUUUUCAGCGGAGCCUGAGAAGAGGUCACUUUAUUGGUUCAGCAGUUGAAUCCAUAACUGAAAACCGCUAUUAAUCAAAACCUCCAUUCUGCUAAAAUUCGUCAAAGUGCAGGAGUGAGGACUCAGUGGGGAGCGGUUCCAGUGCCAGCGCGGAGUUGCCGCGGCCAUGUUGCGGUGUGGUUCACGAGCUUUACACAAACAAUUACAAACCAUGACACGGGAUUUGACUUCGAGCACCAGGAAAACUAUUCAGUCUCAUCCUCCAAUUCAUGCGAGAGUCCUUGAAGUCGUGUGAUGACGCCGCUGUGAGUCGGCGCGUUGGUGAAAACGGUGCCAACGAAAAUGGGCGUUCCUCGCAGAAUGUGUCUGAUCACCGUGCAGGAGCCCGACAUCUCGAUGCGGAAGCCGGAAUGCCGCGGGGCCUCUCCCGUUUGUCCUGAACUUGAACUAAGUGGGGAUGCGAAGAACUGUUGGGAAAAGACGGAAAUGAAUGAAAUUUCUCAAAUAAAAAGAUUGAGAAAUCAAGGUUAGCUAUUCACUCUCAAUGCAAUUAGAUAAGAUUUUCAUUAUGUAUACAUUAUUUUCAUUAAAGGUGCUAUUAAAUACAACAGCAAAGGACUCAAAAGAUAAGACUAUAUUUUUUAAAAAAUCCAAAAAAGUGACAGAUUAUAUCCUAAUCACCCUAUUUUUCCCGCUAUAAGGCGCAUCGGAGUAGAUAUACUAUAUUGGCCCGAUAAUCAGACGGAACGAUGGAAACAUGCCCAUACAACAAAAAGCUGCCCUUAAGCUACUUUUUAUUUAUUUAUUUUUUACAAGAAAGUGCAAAAACAUUAACCAUUUAAAAGGGAGUACUUAUUUCUAUCAACAAUACAAUUUACACUGGUGGAAUGAAUUCUGUUAGGGAAGCUCAAGUUUGAACUCCAAGACAAAUGUUACCUCGAUAGCUAGAUUAGAGAAAUAAAUACGACCACAACUAUGGAUUUAGUAGGUUUUAGUACAAGAGCUCUUGGGUACAGAC